CGCACCACCAAUCACGACUCCAAAUACCACGGCUUUUAAAUUGACACUACGAAGCGUCUUCAAAGAAGAAACGCACGCCACACAGACUCACAGAGAAACACAAGGACAAGAAGAAAAUACAAAGCCUUCUUGGGAAGACCUCAAGGAGACCUUCCCGUUCUCUCCUUCACUUAAUCACUUGGCGAAGGAAGGAGAACUGGUGCAUGAGUCACGCGUGUUCUCAUGUUCCCCAUUUAAUUUAAUUGGUUUCUGGUAUGUUUUCUCCCAUAUAUUUUCUUAAGCUCGGUUGGUAAUUGAUGCUUCUGUCGUUUGUUUGUGUGGGAAUUGUUUGAGUGGAUUGGGUUUUGAACUUUGAUUAUUGGGUCAGUUACUUUUUCUGGAUUGAAACCCUGAUUUAUGUCAGUUGGGAUCGUAAGAUUUUGGAUGAACUUGGUUCUAGAUUGAACGGAUUGUUGUUUUCUCUGGUAUUCCCGAUCUGGGUUCUUGAUUUUGGUUAAAGCAAUAUUCUUUAGGUUGGAGAUAGACUCGGCACAACUUUCUUAUAAUUGGAGGGGCUUUCAUAAUUUGAGCUACUCAUCGGUUCCUCUAAAUCUGUUGAUGACUCUGGUUAUUCUGGAGAAGGAAGAUCAGCUUGCGAACUUGCACAAUUAUUUUGUGGGUGUUCUCAGGCUAUUGAAUAUACCCUUUGAAAGGAAGGUCUUUACAUUCUGUAUCCCCAGAGAUAGAUGGGAUAAGGAGUUCUUUAAGCUGCAGGGAGGUUAAUUAAAUUUGUUAAAUUCUCAAAGAUUGGUUGUAGAAUUGGUUUGGAGCAUGUGAAUUUGAGAUGGAUUCUUCACAAGGAUCUACAUUGUCGACCAAUGUCGCUGGGCUUGUUGAUGGUUCUUCUGGGGGCAGAGAGGUAUCAUUCAUUGAUAAUGUGCCCGUUUACGUUAGGGAGCUAAUAGCUGGAGGUGCUGCUGGAGCAUUUGCUAAGACUGCUGUCGCACCUCUUGAACGGACUAAAAUACUGUUGCAGACAAGAACUGAAGGGUUCAAGUCCCUUGGGGUGCUUCAAUCCUUGAAGAAAAUACUAAAGCAUGAGGGAGUUCAUGGAUUUUAUAAGGGAAAUGGAGCUAGUGUUCUUCGAAUUGUCCCUUAUGCUGCCUUACAUUUCAUGACAUAUGAACAAUAUCGUCUUUUGAUCUUGAAUAACUAUUCUGGAUUAGGUUCCGGGCCUGUAGUAGACCUGUUAGCUGGUUCAUUAUCUGGAGGAACUGCCGUUUUGUUCACAUAUCCCUUAGAUUUGGCACGUACAAAACUUGCUUAUCAGGUUACAGACAUAAAGAGAAGUUUCAGCGGUGGCGUUAGAAGUAUAUAUACACGACCUGCAUAUAAUGGCAUAAAAGAUGUACUGGCAAAUGUCUACAAGGAAGGUGGUGCGCGUGCCCUGUACCGAGGUAUAGGUAUGUUUGUGUUCUUCCCAACCUCCAACCCUCUUUUUUUGCAUGCUGUUUACCCAAAGUGUUUGUUGAAGAUGAAAGAUGUCAUCAUUUUAAGAGGAGGAGCAAUUAAUGUAAUCAGGCUCUAAAAGCGCAAAGCUGCAAAUUGUUUUCUAAAGCACCGAAGGCUCUUUAUGGCCCAAAGGCACUAGAUGUUGUUGCCUGAACAAAAUGGGGAUUUCGAGAGAGGGAAAGAGAAGCAAGUUAUCAAACAAACUUGUUUAUGAAGGCUUAGAUCACCACAAUCAUUGUCAAAUAUUCAAGGCAAAAACCCUCAAACACGAGACGACAAAAUUUUAUUAACUCGUUCUAUUUAAAGUGUCUAGCACUUGAAUUUUCAAAAUCCUGCUCUAAUUGUUGUAAAUAUCAACAUUAUGCAAGUAGGGUGCAGCCAAUAUUAUCCUUCUGACCCUGAUCAGGGAUCUCUAAACACAAUUGUGCAAUGUGGUUAUGGCAUCAAUUUGGGACUUCUAUGGUAAUUUUGUUUUGACUGUGGAAUUUUAUUUUACAGGUUGAGAAUCUGCAACCUUCAUUUCGAGGUGUUGCCAGAUACCGGAAUACAUGGGACGGGCUUUCUAUGAUUGCUCGUAACCAAGGAUGGAGGCAGUUGUUUGCCGGGCUGAGCAUUAAUUAUAUCAAGAUUGUACCUUCUGUGGCAAUUGGUUUCACUGCAUAUGACAUGAUGAAGAUUUGGCUUCGCAUUCCGCCACGACAACAAGCCGCUGCUUAACAAUGCACCAUGUACACUUCCAUUACACCACCUUUUUGGCUGUUUCUCAUCUUCUCCGUUCUCAUUUCUCGGCUACCCACAAUAACAUAGGACUAGUUUGUUGUGCGGAGUCCAACAUUAUGUUGUUUAGGACCAUUGGUGAUUCAUAAUUAAUGUUAAAUGGUGUGUUUGGUUUCAUUUGUAGUAUUGUUGAUUAAAGGCUUUUACUCACUCACAGUUCCACUUGAAGAGUUGGUUAGAAUUUUUUUCCUGAGGAAUUAGUUAAGUUGGUUAGAUAUAUAUAUUGUCUUGUCCUUUGAGUUGAUUUA